UUCCUGCCGAACAUGUGAGCGGUUGCACCGGUGCGCAGAUUCGGUUUCGGCACGCCAUUGUCGAAAGUAGUUAUUUUCACGUUACUGUGUUUUGACUCUGCGCUUAACUUGGCUUCCAGUCGUUUUAACUACAGAUUAUUAACAAAUUUCCAGCAGAACAACUUUCACAAUGGCUACAGACUCUUGGGCUCAGGCAGUGGACGAGCAAGAAGCCGCGGCGGAAUCGAUCAGUAAUCUUCAAAUAAAAGAGAAACCUGAAGAAAAUGGAACAGCUGCAUAUGCAACAGACUCCAGCAGCACUCCCCCCAAGUCUGGUACUGAAGGAGGAAACAAGACUACAGAUGAGGAUGACAAAGACGACAAAGCAGCACAGUCAUUGUUAAACAAACUGAUCCGAAGCAAUCUUGUUGAUUCCACGAAUCAAGUAGAAGUUCUUCAGAGAGAUCCCAACUCUCCGCUGUACUCUGUUAAGUCUUUUGAGGAGUUGCGACUUAAACCUCAGCUGCUUCAGGGUGUCUACGCAAUGGGUUUCAACAGACCAUCUAAAAUCCAGGAGACUGCCUUACCUAUGAUGCUGGCUGAACCUCCACAGAAUCUUAUUGCCCAGUCACAGUCAGGAACAGGAAAAACAGCUGCCUUUGUCCUGGCCAUGCUCAGUCAUGUAGACCCCAACAACAAAUAUCCCCAGUGCCUGUGUGUGUCACCUACCUAUGAAUUGGCACUUCAGACUGGUAAGGUGAUUGAGCAGAUGGGCAAACACUAUCCUGAAGUCAAAUUAGUGUACGCCAUCAGAGGAAACAAAUUGCCUCGUGGUAUGAAGCUUCAGGAACAUAUUGUUAUUGGUACACCUGGUACAAUGUUGGACUGGUGCACUAAGUUCAAGUUCAUAGACCCCAAGAUGAUUAAGGUUUUUGUGCUGGAUGAGGCUGAUGUCAUGAUUGCAACACAGGGACACCAGGACCAGAGUAUUCGAAUCCAGAGGACGCUGCCUAAAAGCUGCCAGAUGCUGCUGUUUUCAGCCACAUUUGAAGAGUCCGUGUGGAACUUUGCCCAGCGUAUUGUGCCUGAUCCUAAUAUCAUCAAGCUGAAGAGGGAGGAGGAGACGCUAGAUACUAUCAAACAAUAUUAUGUGCUGUGCAACAGCAAGGAGGAGAAGUUCCAAGCCCUCUGCAACAUCUAUGGAGCCAUUACCAUUGCCCAGGCAAUGAUCUUCUGCCAUACAAGGAAGACUGCUGGCUGGCUGGCAGGUGAGCUGUCCAGAGAAGGCCACCAGGUGGCGCUGCUCAGUGGCGAGAUGCAGGUGGAACAGAGAGCUGCAGUCAUUGAGCGCUUCAGAGAUGGCAAGGAGAAAGUCCUGGUCACGACAAACGUUUGUGCUCGAGGCAUUGACGUUGAGCAGGUUUCCGUGGUGAUCAACUUUGACCUGCCAGUUGACAAGGAUGGUAACCCUGACAACGAGACAUACCUGCACAGGAUUGGCCGUACUGGUCGUUUUGGCAAAAGGGGACUUGCCAUCAACAUGGUGGACAGCAAGAUGAGCAUGAACAUCCUCUACAGGAUCCAGGAGCAUUUCAAUAAAAAAAUUGAAAAACUUGACACAGAUGAUCUGGAUGAAAUUGAGAAAAUUGCCAGCUAAAGAGAGUGUGUGAUCACACGAAGGACGCCACCUCAACUUCACCUCCCCUCUAUGCUCUCCAAGGACUGUACGCUCCUUCAGUGUUUUAUGCUUUUAGUUUGGUUUUUUAGCCGUUGGAGAAAAGAGCAACACCACAAACAAGGCGUAUGUUUACAUGUGGAUAUGUCUCCUCCCAGAUAAGUGUUGUGUAAGAACAUACCCUAUUUCACUCUUUGUACUUCUUUAAAUAAAGUCUGAGCUCAUUGCUGUGUAUCAUGCUGCUGCACUGGAGCAAACAUAGUUGCUCAGUUUUUGGAUUGGAAAAAAACACAAAUACUUGUGUUCAGCAUGAUCCUAACUAUUCUGUGAAAUGUUCACACACCUCCUGUAGAUAAACAAUUUUUAUGUGCCACAAAUUUUUUCCACCAUUUUAGACAAUAAGUAUGUAAAUGAAUGUUUCUCUUGACCAAAGUUAGUACAAAGGGUGAAGUCGGGUAUGGUGCUCUGAGCAGUACCUUCAAAUAAGAUUAAGAUGGUGAUGGUUGGGGUUCAAGGGUCUAUGCAAACUUAUCAACCUGUGAUAGCUAUUCUUAAAUACUAUCAACCUGUUAUUACAUGACAAAUUAAUCCUCAAUUAACCUCUGCUUUAGCAUCAGGGUGUGUAGUCAAAUGCCAAACAAGGCUGCCUACAGUGAUGAUACACUAACUCAAGUCAUAAAUGUUUGUGUUUAGCCAGUAACCAUUAGCCAACGGCACAUCUCGCAGCACACUUGACAUUUAUGUUAAACUAUUAUGAACAUUAUCAGGGCAUCGCUGCCGAGCCUCAAUCAUUGGUGUUUUAUUUUCCUUCAUUUGUCACAUAAAACCAGAUUUUACUUAAUGUGGUCCUUAAGGUCUGAGGUGAUCAGUUUCCCUUUGUCUUUCAGUCUUUUCAAUCAGGGUCUCUAUUUUAGCUCAGUUACAUUCUUCAUCCAGGCUGUGCUGUUACUAAUGAUUGUGAGUUUAAAAAAAUACGCAAUGCCUUCCUCAAGUGCAUUUAUAUAAAAUAUAUAUAUCUAUACACAUAUGAUUUUGUUACUGAUAUUUUAAGACAUUGGGCUUAAUCUUCUGGCUAAGACUUGAAAUUUUGAUCCUAUAUUGAAUUAUGGGCAUCUUUAGGAUGUGUGAAAUACCUUAUUGAAACCAAAUGCUGAAUUGACUUGAGGACCAGAGGACCUAUGCCAAUCAGAUUCACUGUGUUGCUCUAACAUGGUCGCAUGAAUAGAAAACGUGUACUUGUGUACAUAUUUAAAUUUUUAGCUUAAUAAAUAGUGUGACUGGA